CAAGGGAGACGAUGACGAUAUAUAUCGCCUAUUAUUGUUCAUUGAGUUUCUUUUUUUUAUAGCCCCCCUCGGCCCCCACAUUACGAACGUCUGUUAUUUUUUUAAAGUCUAAGGAAGACAUCCUUUGACGUAGCGAGCCAAUCUCAAUGAUUGCGUGUCGAUUAAGUGACAUAGAGCUCAAAUUAAAGUUGCUCUAUGCCCCCGAAUCCUCAUACUAGUAUAUUCCUCAUUACGAAGUCUUAUUGCGUGACUGACUUCUCUGUAGAAACGAUUGUUAAUAUGGUUGAAAGAAUGGCAUAUUCAAUCGUGUUAUAAUGAAUUAUAAGACUAAAGAUAGUGUUCGAACCCGACCAUGGUGUAGUUCAUUUUUUUAUUUUUGUCUCUUUCCGCCUUGUGAACACUGGAGAAUCUUUAUCGGGCCCAUCGUGGAUUUCACUAAGCUCGUAAUGAUGCGACUGGAAGACAAACGGGUCCAGCAUAUCUAUAAAAAUUUCAAAUAUAACUCGAAUUUGAUCUUCCAGGAUGGCAGGCUGAUGUCUUCAUUGCGUCGGCUCUUCGACCGACCUAGUCUAAGCUUGGCCGACCAUCUCUAAAAUAUUUUAGAAGGGGAAUUACUCCAUCUUCCCCAACGCUACCUACGUUAAAAACACGGAGAAAAUUAUUUCUCCGUGUUCGUGGAUAUGUCGACUCCCGUCCCUCACAAUCCGGCCGCCCCAUCGUGGACCUGGCAGAACCAUAAUGGGCUUGCUAAAUAAGGCCAUCUUAGUGCUUACAGGGUGGACAGGGCCGAGCGGUAGAUUUUCUCAUUAUGAGACAAGUCUUUGUCGAUACAUGGUGGUUCAUAUGGAGUCUUAUGGCUAUACACCUUUACUCCGAGAGACUAGAGGUGAUCGCUAUGCGACCGAAGAGCCGGUCGUAUAGAAUGGCCUAAUCGCGAGCCUUCUGGGAGGACUUUUUUUUUAUGGGAAACUGGCCCCUAUUCAGACGUCGUCGACAUGGAGAAAACCCAGAAAACUCCAUGCUUGGAUCCGAGCUAAGCGCGAAUCCACGACCGAACUCCCAGUGUUCAGAUCUAGUCCGCUCAAAUGCGGGGACGAAGACCGCUCGGCGACUGGUUGGCAUGAUGCAAGUCUUCGAAAUGGCGCCCCUUAAAUGCUACUUAUGCCGCCUGCUUACGGUGCAGCCGCCUCUCUGCAUCAUAGCAUGCUCGGUCCUGAGAGCGGAAAGAGUUAAAAAAAAUAAACCCCUAACCACUCGGCCAUCCCGUUGUCAAUUUCCGAAUACAGGAUAUUUUAUUCAAAUAAUAAAAGUUUUAAAAAUAGUUUUAAUGUAAAUAAUAUACAUAAAAUAAUCGUUUAAAUAUUUUUAAAAUUAUAAUUAACAUUGACGAAUAUCUACAUUAACCUCGUUCACAAAGAAAUUCCUUCUGACGAGGUUAAUCACGCGAGAGUGUUUUCAAAAUAUAAACAACGUGGAGGUUUUUUUUAAUGCCUUAAACAGAAAUAAAAAAUCACUGAUAAAACAUCUGCCACUGAUAAAAAUCAAAAGUGCUGUGGAAUGAAACAACGUUUGCGGAAUGAACUUCGCAAUUUGAUUCCUAUUGAAGUUAGAUAUCAAGUUCGAAAGUUAUUAACUGUUUAUAAAGAUGGAAUACGUUUGGAAGAUUUUCUAGAAACUUUUGAAAAAUAUUUUAUGAAAGAAUUACCACUUGAAUACUUAGGAUUUUAUACAUUACAAGAUUUUUUGGCUUGCAUUCCACAGAUUGCGAAAUUAGAAAUCGAUAAUGGUUAUUCUGUCGUGCGACUUAGUGCUAGAAGUACUUCCGAUACUGUUUCGAGAAGUGUGCCAUCGAAAUCGGAUGACGUGUUUGAAUUGGCAUGUGGCAAUAUGAAAGAACUUAAAAUAGAAUCAGUUGACGAUGAUGCUAAAAAUGAUUCAUUUAGAAAAGGAGUUGUUAGUCAAGAAAAGUUUUCAAAAUUAAACAAGGAAAUUGUUAACAAUGUAUCUCCAGAUUAUUCGUUCCCUCCUAAAAAGAAAAUGGUACUAGACGAUGAAAUCAAAGAGAAUUUUCGACAAGUUUUAGCAUUUCAUCCUGAUGGAAUAUGUCCGUCCAGUUUCAAAAAAGAGUAUUUUAAAAUUUUUAGAAAACCUUUAUUAUUAUCUGACUAUGGUUUUGAUCAUGAUGAGACUAUGAUGGAAGUUGAGACUAUGGUGGAAGUUGCUUCUUCGUUACCUGAAAUUUUUAAAAUAAUUCGUUCUUAUAAAAAUGAUUUAUUAUUGUAUGCUUCAGAUAAAGUUCAACAAGAUAAAUCAAACAUGACUGCUUCUUAUUUGUAUACAACAAGUUCAUCUAUUGAUAAUUCAAUAAAAUUAAAUGUGAUAAAGAUAUUGAAUUCCUUAGAGAAAAUUUCUAUAGAAGAUUUAGAGAAAGUAUACAAAAUGGAAUUUCAACUUGAACUUCCUUGGUCUUAUUUAGGCUAUGACAACAUAGAAUCAUUCAUAGAAGAUCUGAUUGCUAAUAUUCCAAUUACACUUUCACAUGAAAAAGGCACUAUAUUUCUCUCUCUGAACUCAAAAACUGAUUUUACAGAAACAUCUAAUCCUUCUCAGUUACCAAAUGAAUAUGGUGUAGAUGUGGUACUUCCAGGUGAAGUUUAUAAGAAUCAGCCACUUCCGGAGAUUUUGGAACAGUUUAUACCAGUAUAUGUAUCAGAUGUAGACAGUCCUGAUCAAAUUUGGAUUCAGAUAAAGGGAAAAGAAACUACAGAUGCCUUAGAAAUUCUUAUGAGAGAUCUUCAGAAACUGUACAAUAGUAGGGAAAGUCAGAAAUACAAGAUGCCCGAAAAAUUUUGUGCUGUAAAUAAUAUAUGUGCUGCAAUAUGGCCUCACAAUAAUAACUGGCAUCGUGCUAUUAUAUCUGAAGUUUCUGAUGCUAAUUAUGUUGAAGUAUUCUAUGUUGAUUAUGGAACGAGAUGUAACGUUUGGAAACACUUUCUGAGAUUUCUUCAAAGAGAUUUUUUAAGUCUUCCUAUUCAAGCUAUUAAAGCAAGAUUAUCUAAUUUGAAACCUUUUAAUGGAAUACAAUGGUGCAAAAAGGUUAAGCAUAGACUACAAGAGUUGUGUAUUAAUAAAAGUUUAACAGCUUUGAUAACAAAUACACAGAUAAAAGGCAGAAUCUCUGUUUGUCUACGUGAUGUAUCUGGUGAUACAGACAUAAAUAUAAAUGAUACUUUAAUUAUAGAAAACUUAGCUUUGUUUAUUGAUGAUGCAAGAUACAGUGAUGACUCACAAACAAAUUUAAAUAUCCAAUAUGAAAUUGAUGGUGAAAUAUUUGAAGAGGAUGAUGAAUUCUGUGCUAAAUUAAAUGAAGCAAUUCAAAAUGUUGAUAUUUGAAAUUGUAUAUUUAUAUUAAGAAGAUAAAUUGUAAAUGAGAAUAUGGAAAGAAAUAAGUGAGUUUUUAAAUGUAAAAUAGGUAAUUUAUAUUAAAGAUGAAAUUUCUGUGUUGGAAAUUGAAUAUAUAUAUAUAUAUUUUUUAAAUCAAUUUUUUAAAAAAAACUUCUUAAAAGAUUAAAAAACUUCAAAGGUUGAUAUAGAAGACAACCAUCAUUUUUAGCUAUGGUUGAGGUGGAGAACACAUUUUAACAGUGGCAUGCCAUUUUUAUGUCAAAAGAUAGUCUGCUGUUUUCUACAAUUAUUAUAGACAAUAAUACUUCUCCAGAGUUUUAGCAUUAUCAUAAAUUUAUACCUUUGUUUUCAAAAAACAGUGGUGGUUCUCGAAAUUAUUGCAUUCUGAACGUUU